UUUUGUCUCAAAUCUUUGCCUCCCUCGCCGUGACACUACCACCUGUAUCCCAUGGCGCAGAUGAUUGGCUCGCUGCUGCUGCUUGGUGGGCUGCGCUUGGUGGCGGGAGAUGUGUGCCCCGAUGAUGCUGAGGUCGACCUGUGUGACACCAACCCCGAGCAGUUCUCAGGAUCCAUGGGCAUGACUCCCAACCUCUCUUUGCUGCUUCUCGUGCUGGCCUUGGCCCAGCCGGGACGCGCAAAGUCGUGGGCCCUGCUGCUGCCCGCUGUUGUGCUGCCAAGCACGGUGGCCGGGCUCACCUGCGGUGAUGUCAAGGACUUCUACAAGACGAACCAGUGCUGCGGUUCAGCAACAAAGGAGCUGGGCACGUACCCGGGCGCGCCGACCUGCCCCUACAACUUCCAGAAGCCGGCAUGCUCCAUGGCAGGGCCCCAGACGCCGCGUGACCUGACCACGGGUGCCAUGGGCGACAGGGUGCCAAAAGCCAUCACCCUCACCGACACGCAGGCAAAUUCGCUGCCGCUGGUGAACGUGCACUUCCACUACGGCGCGGAGCACAAGUCGGACGCCUACUCCGACGGAACGGACUCGCAGGCCUUCGACACUGCCCGCCGCUUGGCAACAACGGGCACGGUGCGACCGGGCUGGAUGUGCCCCACGAGCAGCCUGAGCAGCAACCAGCUGCAAGCUUACACCUUCCAGUACUGCAAGGGCCAGGUGGAAGUGGGCAAGUCUUACGAGAUUCAUUACGUCCACUCCUCUGCCGGCAUGGAUGCCAAUGAGACGGAUGACGUCAAUGCUGACAAUCUGGCAGACGGCUUGGGAGGUGCCGCAAACGGCCGUGGCCUCUUGAACCCUAUGAUCGUGGUCCAAGCGCAGAUCUUCCAAAUCGUAAACGGCGCAGCCACAGUUGAUGACAUGCUGCAUGGCUGGACCGUUGUUGGCCACACCGACUCGGUGAUGUACUCGGGCUCAACCACUGGAACCUCCCAUGAUAACUCAGUAUGCUCGCCCUAUGCGAUCUCGUGGCACGUGGAUAAGGCGUGCCACCAGGUAUCUCCGGAGUCUUUCGACAACCUUUGCAAGCAGAUGAAGGAGACUUAUGGCAUGGAUUCGGAUUUAUAUCCCCACGGCUCCCGCAUCCUGGUUGACAAGCAGUAUGUCGUCCAGUCCCAGUACGUCGUGCCUUUGCAGUGAGACAACCAGAGCGAGGCAAUCAGCAAACCUUGAGAACUCGGGUCUUCACUCCUGUUAUAAACAAAGCUCACGCGGAGUGUGUCCCGAAAUGUCCCUCUUUUUCUUCAGCUCAGCUAUUUUCCCGCUGACGGCACCAAAGUGCAUCGAUCAGGAGCUGGCACACAUAUUUUGAAGGUUUGAAAGGAUGACAGCGAAGCUGUGAUGCUGGAAGCCUAUCAUGUUCUAGAUAGACAUUCUUAGAUGUGUCUUUUCUCCGUAGCCAGGCGACCGCCAGUGCUUUUGCAACUUAAUAUGCCAUAGCAUUCUGCAAAGCCAGACCCAAGGACAGGCCGGGAGCUUUUCAGGUUGGGCGGAAGCGAGAAAAAGGGGAGCGCGGAGCCAUUUCUUUCGACGACGCGAGGUUUGCCCCGGGCCCCGUGCAGUGGGAUCGUGC